GACCCAGGCCGAGGAGGACCUCGAAGGAGGUAUCGAAGACGAGGCACUCCUUGUUCAUGAUGCGAAGCUUUGUAUUUAAGCUUGAUGACAGCCGGCUAAACGGCAGACUGUUGUUUCUAUUAUUCUCGAACCAGUCCUUUCACAGCUACAGUCUCUCCUUUACUUCUUCUACCCUUGCUUAUACCGCAUCUUGGUAUCUCUUUCUCUUCCAGCGACAAUCAUGGGUCUUUACAGGUUUCUCCUCGCCAUCCUUCCAGUCGUCCUGGCCGCCGACCUCUACGUCGCUCCCACGGGCUCUGACAGUGCUGCCGGCACUCUUGCCGCCCCUCUCAAGUCGAUCCAGCUCGCCGUCGACAAGGCCGUUGCUGGUGACACCAUCUACCUCCGUGCCGGCACCUACUCGCCCACAACCAACAUCAAGAUCACCAAGAGCGGUACCGCCGCCAAGCCCUACACCCUGACGGCCUACAACAACGAGGCUGUUGUCAUCGACGGAGAGGCACUGCCCGGAACCCCUGCCGCCCUCGAUGCGUCCCUCGCCAACGCCGACCGCGGCGUCCUUCAUAUUGAGAAGGCCAACUACUGGAAGUUCUACAAGCUCACCAUCAUCAACGGCCCUUACGGCGUUUACCUUCGCGACGGCUCCAAUAAUUACUUCGAGCGUAUCGUCACCCACGACAACUACGAGACGGGCUUCCAGAUGCAGGGUUCCUUGAGCAACAACCAGGUCAUCUACCUCGACUCGUACCGCAACCGCGACCCUCGCAAGAACGGCGAGAGCGCUGACGGCUUCGCCUGCAAGGAGGGCUCCGGCACGGGCAACAUUCUCAAGGGUGCCCGUCUUUGGGAGAACGUCGAUGACGGUCUUGACCUUUGGGAGUUCAAGUCGCCCGUCACCAUCAUGGACACCAUCUCUUGGGGCAACGGCGUCAACCGAUGGGGUUUCAGCGACUUCCAGGGAGACGGAAACGGAUUCAAGCUGGGCGGUGGCGAUGCCGCCGACAUCGCGUCGGCCAACCACGUCAUCACCAACAGUAUCGCCUUCAACAACGCGGCCAAGGGCUUCACGGAUAACAAGCAGCCGGGCAACUUCCAGUUCUCGCGCAACACGGCGUGGAACAACGGCGCGGUGGGCUUCCAGACCAUCACGACCAAGUCGACGCUCAAGGGCAACAUCGCGGCGUCCAACUCCAAGACAACAGCCAAGUCGGGCCAGACAUCGUUCGUCAGCGGCACCAGCAGCAGCGGCAACUCUUGGGACGGCAGCGCCACAUGGUCCGAUUCGAGCUUCAAGAGCGUCGACGUCAGCCUCGUCAAGGGCGAACGUCAGGCCAACGGCAAGAUCGUCGCGAGCAACUUCCUGAUUCCCACCUCGGGCGAGGCCAUCGGCGCAACCACCACUUGGUCUUAGAGAGAGUGUGAUGUUGGGCCUGGGUCGUGGUACAAGUUGUGUAGUCUCGUGAAACAGUUCUCCUGUACAUAUUUAGCAUUGCCAAAGAGCAGGGUACAUAAACCAACCGGUACAUAUCUUUCAUCGGGAUCACCUACUAUCUUCGUUGCGGCGCAUGAAUGGCAAGUUGCCGAGGAACCAUUGUUGCUGCUUGUUUACCGAAACCAGACGGACGAGCUCGUGACAUGGGCCGUGCUUGUUGACUGAUAGCCAGUUACGCUAGUGACGGCGAUGUAACCAUUGUGAACCCAUCAAUCAAGGGCGGCCGCCGUGCAAGGGUCCAUGGGCAACGAGCUGUACAGGUAGUGCCGUCUGUUUGGGAGGAGCCGAGACGUGCAUGCAAGUGCGGAACGGGGACUUGCUGUAAGAAUAGAGUACAUAAACAUUUGUUUGACGUGUCG